GCAGUGUUUCACUGGAGGGCGCUAACACAAAGCACCAGGUGGUCAGGGAACAACUUGAGAAAGGAGGAGGCCAUUCACUAGCCUGUGUUAGCUACACACACUUAGCUACUGUUAGCUAGCCGGCGGCUAACGAGUAAGCUACACCAUCAGUCUGUCUUAAUGUCGCCUGUCUCGUCAAGUGAUGGCGGGAGAACAGUGUUCACAAACCGAAGCUGAACUCUAUUACCUCAUUGCCAGAUUCCUGCAGUCUGGACCCUGUAAGAAGGCAGCACAGAUCCUGAUUGAGGAGCUGGAGCAGUAUGAGCUGGUCCCUCAGCGACGGAGUUGGGACGGGAAGAUAUACAGACGGACCUUCACAGACUGGGUGAUUUUGAACCAGCACAUUCCUGCAGACUAUCUGCUCCGUGUUUGUCAGCGGAUAGGCCCGCUUAUAGAGAAGGAGAUCCCACCCAGUGUUCCUGGAGUCCAAACACUUCUGGGGCUGGGAAGACAGUCCUUGCUUCGUACCACCAAAAGUUGUAGCCACAAAGUAUGCCGUGGCUCAGCUGUCGCUGCACUCCACCGAGGUCGUCCACCAGAACCUCCGGUCACCAAUGGACAUCCUCCCAAUGUUGUGUCCAUCAUGGGUGCUCGCCAGGCCACAGGCACAGCCCGCUUUGGCCAGGCCCUGCCGUCUUCCUCUUACCAACACAUGAAGAUACACAAACGUAUCCUCGGCCACCUUUCUUCAGUCUACUGUGUAGCCUUUGACCGCACCGGCCGUCGGACAUUUACGGGUUCUGAUGAUUGCCUGGUGAAAAUUUGGGCCACAGAUGACGGCCGGCUCCUGGCAACACUCCGCGGCCACUCAGCAGAGAUCUGCGACAUGGCCGUGAACCACGAGAACACCCUCAUUGCCUCCGCAAGCUGUGACAAAACCAUCAGAGUAUGGUGUCUGCGUACCUGCGCACCCAUCACUGUCCUGCAGGCCCACGGUGCCUCCAUCACAUCCAUAAUGUUUUGUCCUGCUAUCAAAGGGACAACGCGGUACCUGUCCUCCACUGGUGCAGACGGCAUGGUGUGUUUCUGGAAGUGGCACUCGCUCAGCAUGAAAUUCCAUGAUCAACCAGUCAAGUUUGUCGAGCGGUCACGUCCAGGAGUACAGGUCUCCACUUCCUCCUUUAGUAGUGGCGGUAUGUUCAUGGCUACCGGUGGCACCGAUCAUUUGAUCAGAGUCUACUACCUUGGUGCUGAAACUCCUGUGAAGGUCUCGGAGAUGGAUGCACACACGGAUAAAGUUGUAGUCGUCCAGUUUAGCAAUAACAGUGACAGCUUAAGAUUUGUGAGUGGCAGUCGGGAUGGCACGGCCAGGAUCUGGCACUACCAGCAACAAGAGUGGAAGAGCGUCACUUUAGACAUUUCUGCCAGGCUGCCUGGGAGUACCGUCGCCAAUGGGGAUGAUAAAACUAAGCUGGUGGUGACCAUGGUGGCCUGGGACCGCGCAGAUAGCACGGUCAUCACAGCGGUGUCAAACUACCUGCUCAAAGUGUGGAGCACAACCACUGGACAGCUGCUGCAUGUUUUAUCUGGUCACGAUGAUGAGGUGUUUGUGAUGGAGGCUCACCUUGACUCCCGCAUCAUGCUGUCUGCCGGUCACGAUGGCAACAUUUACAUGUGGGACUUGACAAAAGGAGCCAAGAUCCGCAACUUCUUCAACAUGAUUGAAGGGCAAGGCCACGGUGCUAUUUUUGACUGCAAGUUCUCAGCUGAUGGGCAGCAUUUCGCCUGCACUGACUCACACGGCCAUUUGCUCAUCUUUGGCUUCGGCUGCAGCAGACCAUAUGAAAAGAUUCCUGACCAGAUGUUCUUCCACACGGACUACCGACCUCUUAUUCGUGACUCUAACAACUAUGUGCUGGACGAGCAGACGCAGCAAGCCCCACACCUCAUGCCGCCACCAUUUCUGGUGGAUGUUGAUGGAAACCCUCACCCUCCUCACUACCAGCGACUGGUGCCAGGAAGAGAAAACUGCAAGGAGGAUCAGCUUGUACCCCAGCUAGGAUACAUGGCUAACAGUGAUGGAGAGUUGGUUGAGCAAGUACUUGGCCAGCAAACGGCGGAAAACAGAGAAAGCCUGUUGGACAAUCUCAUCAGAGAGCUGCAGAAUGAGCAGGACCAGCUUCAGAAUGAAGCAGAAGAGCAGGCUGAAGAGGCAGAGGGUGAGGAAGCAGAAGUGGACGUGGAGGACUCCUCUCCGGCUGCUGAACCACGCAGAAGUGGGCAGGUGGACGGCGUGUGGCAGAUGCAGCACAACGCCCUGCGUAGUCAAGUGGCCACCGAGAGGGACCUGCUGGCCUGGAGCCGCAGAGUGAUGGUCAAUGAAGUGCCGCGAGGGAUAUCCAGAGUUUUGGAGGAGUGCAGACGAGCCAAAGGCGACAUGGAAUGUUCUCUAUACAACGUAGAGAGGAGGAAGAAACCGGCAGCCUGCACACCGAAGAGCGAUCUGCUGUCCUCACGUCUGCGCUCCCUACGGCCGACCAAGAGAAAGCAGCAGCGCCACGCCUAUCAGACCCGCUCAGCUCAAGUUCGCCGUCCUGGGACCAGGAGUCGAAAUUCCAGCAACCGACGCAACUCUGACAGCCAGAUGGACACAGACAGCGAUGGAAAUGCAGCAGCACAGGCGGAGCAAAGCGACGCCUCCUCUGAUGGUGAAGCUCAGUGGCAGAGCGAAAGCAGCUCCAGCGACUCCUCCAGUGAAUAUUCCGAUUGGACAGCCGACGCUGGGAUCAACCUCCAGCCGCCGAAGCGAUCAACCAGGAGGACUGUCCAGACCCGAGGUUACAGCAGCUCUGAAGAGGAGGAAGGUGACGGCAAGGCAAAAGAGGCCAAGAAGAAGGACCGUGAGAAGAGGAAGAAGCCUAAGGAGACCAAACAGAAACCCACGUCCUCUCUGGCUGGACUUGAUGAAGAGGAGUGGCUGCCACCAUCAUGGAUAAUGGAGACCAUCCCACACCGCUCUCCUUUUGUUCCACAAAUGGGAGAUGAGCUCAUCUACUUCAAACAGGGCCAUCAGGCCUACGUCCGGGCCGUCCGCCGGGUCAAGGCCUACAGCAUCAACCCUCAGAAACAGCCGUGGAACAGACUCGAUCUCAGGGACCAGGAAUCUGUGAAGGUGGUUGGAAUUAAAUAUGAAGUGGGUCCUCCCACACUCUGCUGCCUAAAACUGGCUUUUCUGGACCCAGUCUCAGGGAAGAUGACCAAUGAGUGUUUCUCAUUAAAGUACCAUGACAUGCCUGAUGUCAUAGAUUUUCUGGUACUGCAGCAGUUUUACAACGAGGCUAAAGAGCACAACUGGCAGCCAGGUUUGAGGUUCCGCAGCAUCAUUGAUGACGCCUGGUGGUUCGGCUCUGUGGAGGACCAAGAGCCUCUGCAGCCGGAGUAUCCAGACAGCCUGUUUCAGUGCUAUGCAGUAAAGUGGGAUAAUGGUGAGCGGGAGAAAAUGAGUCCCUGGGACAUGGAGCCUAUUCCUGAGGAAGCUGCGUUGCCUGACCAGGUUGGCAAUGGCGUGGAGGUGGCAGAGGAGGAGCUAAAGGCUCUGCUUUACACGCCUCAGGAAGGAGAAUGGGGGGCUCACACACGAGAUGAAGACUGUGAGAGAGUCAUCCAUGGCAUCGAUCAGCUUCUUGCACUGGAUGUAGCCAAGGCGUUCGCGUUACCGGUAAAUCUGCGGGACUACCCUCUGUACUGCACCGCGGUGGCUUACCCCACUGACCUCAGCACUAUCCGCAAACGACUGGAGAACCGCUUCUACAGGCGGAUCUCUGCAUUAAUGUGGGAGGUGCGCUACGUCGAACACAAUGCCCGCACUUUCAAUGAACCCCAGAGCCCCAUUGUAGCAACCGCCAAGGUGGUGAGUGACGUUCUCCUGCGCUACAUCGGCGACCAGAGCUGCACAGACAUCUUGGAUCUGUAUCACAAACUGAAGUCUGAGAUCAGCAGUGGAGGAGAAGCUGAGGCUGAGGUGGAUGUGGACUCUGACACUCCAGGCACAUCUACAGGACAUCGGGGAGCGGAGCCGAAUUCCAAAAAGCGUGGCGUGCUUCUGGAUGUGAAAUUCUGGCGAGGUCAAUGCAGAGAGCUGCUGCGACGAAUGAUGGUCUCGCGAGAUUCAGAGCCGUUCAGGAAGCCAGUGGACCUCUUUGAGUAUCCGGACUAUCAAAACAUCAUUGACACUCCAAUGGAUUUGGCUACAGUGUCAGAGACGCUGGUUGCGGUGAAUUAUGCAAGCCCAAUGGAGUUCGCCAAAGACGUGCGCCUCAUUUUCAGCAACUCCAGAGCAUACACGCCUAACAAGAAAUCACAGAUCUACACCAUGACCCUCAGCUUGUCGGCCUUCUUUGAAAAAAACAUCAUCUCUAUCAUCUCCGACUACAAGUCUGCCAUUCAGAAUGAGCGGCGGACUCUUCAGAGAGUCAGUUACAGGAACAGAAUGCACAACGGAGGGAGCUCCCCGCCUAAUAGUCCAUCCCCCAGCCCUAAAGGGAAGCACAAGUCCGGAAAGGUGUCGAAGCCAAAAAAAUCCAAGACCUCAAAGAAGAAUCGUUCUCAGAGACCACAUCAGGCUCAGCAAAGCAGCAGUGUAGCAGAGGAGGAGGAAGAGGAGGAAGAGGAGGAGGAUGAGGAGGAUGAGGAGGACAUCCAGCCUUCUUCCCCAAGUUCAGGGACGAGCAGAAGCCAGGGGCCGCAUCGGUUGACCCGCAGCCAAGCGACUCCCGUGAAGAAGUCAGGGCACCAGCGUAACCUGCAACUAAGUAACGGCUCCAGACAGCGCCACGUACGAGAAGCGCCGCAGUCUGAUGAGGAGGAGGAGGAGGAGGAGGAGGAGGGUGAGGUGGUGGCGUCCGGAUCCAAGAGCUCCUCGUCGGGGUCAUCCUCCUCCUCAUCGUCCUCCUCUUCGUCGGACAGCGAGAACAGCUCCGAGUCGGAGAUGGAGAAGUACGUGGAGGGGGGAGAUCACGACUACAGCAAAGCCCCCUGCCUGUCAGUACGCCACCCGGCUAAGGGUAAGGUGGCGGCCUCAGGGAAAAGGAGACACAAAGGAGGAGAGGACGCGGCACAGAGACCUAAAAAAGCACGAGUGCAGCUGCCGGUAGAGGAGGAGGAAGAAGAGGAGGAUGAGGAACAAGAAGAGGAGGAGGGGGAGGAAGAGGAGGGAGAGGAGGAAGAGCAGCAGCAGCAGCAGCAGCAGCAGCAGCAACAGCAACCGAUGGAUGUAAGACGUGGAGAGGAUGAGGGUGAGCAGGAGGAGGAGGAGGAGGAGGAGGAUGAAGAGGAAGAGGAGGAGCCCGAGGAGGAGGAGGAACUUGAGGAAAAGGAGGAGGAAGAGGAGGAGGAGGUGCAGGGAGGGGCUGCAGCGGCGACGGCGGCAGCAGCUAGCAUCCGGAGACGCGGCCAGUGCAAGUCUCGGCGGGUCAACACGCGCAACCAGGGUCGCAGGACAGUCCUGUACAGGGACGAGUCAGAGGACGACGGGUCGAAGGAGGACCCCCUCAAUCUGGGCAUGUCCCGCUCAGGACGGGUACGCCGCAUGACUGAGAAAGCCCGUGUCAGCCACCUCAUGGGCUGGAGUCACUGACACGUCGCCCCCUUUUCAAACCUCAAUGAAAAAAAACUGUUUAACAUGAGUAAAACUUCAGGGAUUUUUUUUCUUUCUUUUUGUACAAGUGUAUAUAUGAUAUAUAUAUAUAUAUAUAUAUAUAAAUGAGUUUUCUUUUUAUCUGAGACUGACUCUCAAACUGAUUGCUGGUGCUCAUGAUGUGUUGCCAAGGAGUUCCCUUCCCUGGUCGACAGAGCCACUGUUCAACACGGACACUCUCCAACCGGACUAACUCACCUCGGCCUUACUGUCCGCUGGAGGAGGCUUUAAGACGCGGCACUGCUCCUCACUUCCUCCUCCUCCUCCUCCUCCUGCUGUGAGUUUCACGUCCAGUACUAAACACUAUACCCCUCUGUCUCCUCCUCCCCGUCCCUCCCACCACUUCUCUUACUUCCGGUCACCAAAGAAGGAUGCGGAGAUGCCAAAAAAUGGUGCUCAUGUUUUAUUUGUUUUCGUCAAUGUGUAAUUUAACAAAACUCUUCAUGCCGGUGGUCACUAGUUCAGUCACGACCACCAUGAGACGCGUGCAGUAUCACACAAGGUCACUGAUGUCAACUUCUUUGGUACUUUCCUCACAAACCACAAGCCUUAGUUUACAGAGCUCGCAUCAUUCAGAUUUAGUUCUAUCUCUGGCUCGAGUCAAGACGAGUGUAGUUCGGGCGUUAGCAAUACUUCUGAAUCAGUAGAAUACAGUACCGUAGUAAUAUCCCAGCUCCUACAGCCCUCCUCGGACAACUUGAUGUUCUUGGCCUGUGAAUGUUAAAUGUUUUUCCCUGCUUCCCUCUCAGACUGUUUUUCGGCUCUUCGAUUCUGUUAUUUAGUUAGACUUGGGUGUUUUUUUUGUUGUUUUUUUAAGGGUAAAAGUGAUUUUUCUGGGGUAAAAAAGCCACUGCAUCCUGUUUGUAUUUGUACCGUUGUACUCCCUGCUCCGGUGGAUCAGACCCGCAUCCAUUCACGGUUGCUUCCAUCACACUUUCUCCACUCAGCAUGUGCAAACACAAGGGGUCCCCGGUGUACUCUCUUCCACAGAAAUAUUUAUUUUUCCAUUGUAUUAUACUAAGGUCGUACGUUAAUAGUGAUGAGGAAGAGGAAAUAUUUGCACAUUUAUCUACUACCAUGUGGCAGCUGAGUAAUAAAGAUAGUAGAGAAAGAGAAAUGAUUUUUGUGUAAGAAUGUUUAAACUGUGCCAGCACACAUUCAGACUUUUUUUUUUUGUUUUAGUUUGAAACAGGAUAUAACUAAACCUCUUUCAACCCGUGUGUGAAGAAGCUGAAGAUCUUAUCUGAUUGGUAAUCAUGCUUUCUUUUGGUCUAAACCAAAGGUAGCAACCAUGGAUACGCCCUUUGUUAGUAUGCUGUGCCAUUUACUCCCCCCCUGGACUGAUGGGUUUUCUAGCUUCGGGUAGAUCAUCUGCACAUAUUACUGAUUUUUCCAUUCUAUACCACAAUCAGGUGUUAUGUUGGUGUCAGAAUCACUAUGUAGUUUUUCUGCCUAGUUUUCUAAUGAGUGAUUCCUCAUUGUCGAUUGGUUGGAUCCUCGUUGCACCAAUAAUGUUUACUUUAAAGCUUGUGUGGUCGUCGGUCGGUAAAUCAGGAAAGCUGACUCACAAAUUGUCAUUUCAACACUGGGUGCUCUCAUCCGAAACACGCCUCCUCAUCGCUCUGUAAGGUCGCUGACAUCAGAGAGAGGCCUCGGAGGUUAUUUUGCUUUCUCUUUUUUUUGGGAGCUGAAAAAUUAGUCAGGUGCUCAGAGAUAAAAAAAAAAAAAAUCAGCAUCUAGGGUGCUCAGAGUGGCAGCAUUAACUGGGGUCUUGAAAUUAUUCUGGUUGAGUGUGAGAAGACUAUGAUUCAUAUUUCAUAUUUCAUAUAGUAGAUGGCUUUUAGUCUCGCCUCGAAGCGUCAGAUUAGUCGAUGACAAAUACAACAAUAACGUUCUACUGUAGGUGGAUUAAGAUUACGUGACUGUCUUUUAUACACAAUGUUUUGAUUGUAUGUGUUUUCUUUUUUUAAUAAAAAAAAAUUGGAUUUCUCUUAAAGUGAA